GGUAUGAUAAAAAUACAUUAGCCAGAGAGAUAGGAGCAAGAAAAUGUGGCAAAAUAUUAAGAACCAGUAAAGCCAGAAAUCUAUUUGGACAUUCAUCAUACUAUCUUUAAAUUUUCUGGUAUAACCUUUUCCAGCAGUCUUCCUCCCUUUUUUCUUUUUGAGGUAAAGUCUUAAUCUACUGUUAAUUUCUUUUUUUAUAUGGAAUUUGACACAUCUUCUAAACUGUGACAGUACAUUUAUUAGGAUUAUAUAUAUUUUCACAAUGUUACAAAAGGGAGGCAGGGAGACUAUCAUAAGGCUAUAACCUAUUAACAAAUAUAGCACAGUUUCCUUUUGAAAACUCUGUAAUUUGAAAUAAAAAUACCUCACUUUGAAGUAUUAAAAAAAUAAGAUGCAGAAGGCAUUAUCCUACUAAGGGAGGGUUCUUUCCACGAUUCCAUGCUAAAGAAUGUGGGUUUCUACACCUCUCCACUCUCCAACACACUCCUUGUGCUGAGUAAGCUAGCCUUUCCAAGUCGUAUUCUGUGAUAGCCCAGGUGACCACAAGAUGACCUAGAUAUUUGAACCCUGGAAAUUUCCUCAUUUUCUUAAGAUUCUGCUACUUUUACUGAAAAUGAAACCACAGCAACGUGAAAAGAAAUUCAUUUCCUGUGAUCUAUUUUUCUUUUUUAGCCAGAAGAGCCCCUGUAGUAAAAACACUUAUUUCCAAUAAUUGUCAGUAAACAACAAAAGUACAAAAUUCCUGAAUCUUGGCUUGGUUAAGACACUUCUAUUUAUAUUAUACAUCUUUAGUAAAAUGUUUCUUUGAUUUAUGAAAUAAUUAAUAGAAUUUUACAAUUGGAACAGACCUCAGGAGCACUCUUACCUAGUCCACACCUCAUGUUAUAGUUCAGGAAACUAAAGCUCAGAAAUGAAGUGACAUUAUGACUGCCUGUCUUACUGUUAACUGGACAGUAGUCAGCAUAAACUAAUUAAUUAGAUGCUAUAAUAAGUUUCUAUCAUAUAUUACUUACAAAUGGCCCAACAUUAAUGUGGCCUAACUUGGUGCCUUGUUUGCUCUCAGUGGUCCUGAUAAAUUGCAAAGGUGGAUAAUAUAAACACAAAGGGAUUAUGUCCCUCAUGGGAUGGAUUCCUUUCAUUUUAUGAACCAUGAAGUUCACUCCUUGAAUACCUUUCUGUGUCCUGUCUUAACGAGGCUCCAGUUGUCUUAUUACUUACAUUUAGAUGCCAUGUAGCAUUUUUAACAAUGCUAAACCUGAGAUUUCCUCCCCCAAAGUGAAACUACUUUAUGACUUAAGUGUUUCCUGUUCAAUUAAUACAUAUGUGCAGUUACAUUAUAAAAAUAUGUAAUAUAUAACAUAUACUGAGUGUUUCAGUACUGAUCACCUAAGAUUAAAGUUAAUACACUUUUAUUUGCUACCAUUAUCAGAAAAAUAUGGGAAAUGUAGUAUGCCAGGUAUACCGUAAGCAGUGUGUAAAUAUUAAUUUAAUUAAACCUUAUGACAAUAACCCUAAAGGAGGAUGUUAUCCCUAUUUUCAAGUUGAAAAGUCAUGGUAAGAAUUGUGCACUGGGGAAAUCGGUAUUUUGAGAAACUUUUAGUAAAUUAACAUGAAACUUCUCAGUCAAGAAUCACUGAUAAAUUAGCUGCUUUUAUCACCUUUGUCAUUUGAAUAGUCAGGGAAGGUUUUGUGGACUUAAAUCUAUUAUUAAGUCUAUUUAUAGGGCUGAAAUAGAGCCUAUUUUUGAAAAAGCAAUAACAUUUUCAAGUUAAAAAGUUAGUGACUUUUGUUUUGAUGUUUGCUAAGCUGAUAAAUAGUGCACUGCUGAUCUCUUAGGCUGUAGGGCAUAUCAACUCUUGAAGACUUUUAACCUUUUGGUAUGCAGUUUUUCUUCCGAUAGUAAAAGUAAUAAGCCUUGUCUCACAGGAUCUUUACAAGAUUCCUGUAUAUUGCAUAGGAUGGAAAACAGCCAUGUGCUUCAUACUGGGUAUGAAUCAUAGAAAUAAGUGGUUAGAAUUUUAAAAACACACUUGUCUACUUAUUUGAUGUUUUAACCAGCAGACACAAUUGCUUUUAUGUUUUCUUCAUUUUAUUUUGUGUGUCUGCUCCUAGUUAUUGACUGUUAAGGUUUUUUUUUUUAUUUGGUUUCAGUUGAUUCCUUUUCUUGUAAGUCUGCCACUUGAGCUCAUCUAGACAGCAAGCAUCUGACACAAGGCAGGAUUGUUCUCUGAUCUCUGUUCUUUGCUGUCUCCAUCUGUUGGUGUGAAGAAGUAAUGCUCUUGCCAGAAUAAGCAAGCUCAUUUCAAUUUUAGCAAAAACAAAUGAACAAAUAAGGAAUUAUGCUCUUAAUGCAUUUUCUUUGUGACAAUUAAGUCAGCUUGAAGAUGUAAAACUAUCAUGGCAUGUCAGCUUUUGUAGGCAGAUUGUAUUUUAUACACUUUGUGUUAGUGAUGCUAAAAGUGUCAAAGAGAGUUAUUAAAAAGGUGAUAUAUUAACUAUGCAUAGAUUCUUUACAUUUUGUUUUUAGGGAAACAAAUACGGUUAUCUAAACUUGUUUCAUCUGUGAGGUCAGGAAUCUGCAAAAAAUUUUCAGAGCGAGAAAUCUCAAAAAUCCUGACAGUCUUUGCACAUUCACAGUUUCAUGGGCUUUUGCAUCAUUGCUUCUGAAUUGCUAAUGAAGAGCUCAAUAUAGCUUCUGAUGCAUUUCAGAUACUCUGGGUGGUGACUGGCUAGAGUGUUACUGACAUCACAACAUACAGCUGUUGACUUUCUAUUGUCUCUGAGUCCUCGGCAAGUGCUUUAGACUGCACUAGCAGCGCUCUCCCAAUGCCUGGCUAAUCAGCUGGCUGUGUGUGCGGUGAGCUCUGUAGAGGAGCAAUGCAGAGCGUCAGUUUACAGAUACUAUGGAAAGUAUAUCUUCAUUCACUCUGUAUCAUGAAGCAAACACCAAUACAAUGAAGGCCACUGAAAGGUAUGAUAUAUUUGAUUCACGACAGUCCAUUUCAGCCCAGGAAUCUACAGUGGUGACAAGGACAUGGGACUCCUCCUGCCAGAUUCCAGAUGGUUCAAUACACUUGACACCCUGGCUGACAACUGUGAAAAAGAACCUUGGAUUACUUUAUUUUAUUUUUGUGGGACACCACAAUCCCAAUUCCAUAGGACACAUCAGGAAGAUACUCCUGAAAUCCUUUUUAGAAAAAAAGGCUUCAAGUUCCCUGUAGAAUUCUAAAAUAACCUUUGCUGAUGAGGAUGUCUGAUACUGUUACUGUAAAAAAUGAAACUGAAACAAUGAAGGAUUUGGAGGCAGAAGUGAAAGAUAAAACCAGAGUUGAAAAUCUUAUCAAAUCAGAAAACUAUGGGAAGAUUUUGGCAGAGAAGAAUGAACGUUGUAUUGACAACAAUAUUGAUUUGCAGCGGCCUUUGCAAUCCUUUGGACAGACAGGAAAAAGGUCUAAGUCGAGCUCAAAGUUAAAGCUAGUUCGGAGCCUUGCAGUGUGUGAAGAAUCUCCACCACCCCCUACAGCAGAGAUAUCACAGGAGAACCAGGAGAAAAUUCAGAUCCAGUUAACGCAAUCAUUUGAAAAAGAGGAGAAGCCCUCAAAAGAUGAAGCAGAAAAAGAAAAAGCCAGUGAUAAGUUACCCAGAAAAAUGUUAUCAAGAGAUUCCAGUCAAGAAUACACUGAUUCAACUGGCAUAGAUCUACAUGAAUUUUUAGUAAAUACAUUAAAAAACAAUCCCAGGGACAGAAUGAUGCUGUUGAAAUUGGAACAAGAAAUUUUAGAUUUCAUUGGUAAUAAUGAGUCUCCACGUAAAAAAUUUCCCCCAAUGACAUCUUACCAUAGGAUGCUAUUACACAGAGUAGCUGCUUACUUUGGAUUAGACCACAAUGUUGAUCAGAGCGGGAAGUCUGUCAUAGUAAACAAAACUAGCAAUACAAGAAUACCUGAUCAGAAAUUCAAUGAACAUAUUAAGGAUGAUAAAGGUGAAGACUUUCAGAAACGAUAUAUCCUCAAGAGAGACAACUCCAGCUUUGACAAAGAUGAUAACCAGAUGAGAAUACGUUUGAAAGAUGACAGAAGGAGCAAAUCUAUAGAAGAAAGAGAAGAGGAGUACCAGAGAGCCAGAGACCGAAUAUUUUCCCAAGAUUCCCUGUGUUCCCAAGAGAAUUAUAUUAUUGACAAAAGAAUCCAAGACGAGGAUGCUAGUAGUACCCAGCAGAGGCGUCAGAUAUUUAGAGUUAAUAAAGAUGCUUCAGGGAGAUCAACAAAUAGCCAUCAAAGCAGCACUGAGAAUGAACUGAAGUAUUCUGAACCACGACCCUGGAGCAGUACAGAUUCAGACAGUUCCCUCCGAAACUUCAAGCCUGCUGUUACCAAAGCCAGCAGCUUCAGUGGAAUCUCGGUCCUGACAAGAGGUGAUAGUUCUGGGAGCAGCAAAAGCAUAGGCAGGCUUUCAAAAACAGGUUCUGAGUCUUCUGGUAGUGUAGGGUCAUCUACGGGCUCUCUUUCUCACAUCCAGCAGCCUCUUCCAGGUACAGCUCUCAGCCAGUCUUCUCAUGGCGCACCUGUCGUCUAUCCAACUGUCAGCACUCAUAGCUCUCUUUCCUUUGAUGGUGGCCUAAAUGGGCAAGUCGCAUCUCCUAGCACUAGCUUCUUUUUGCUUCCCUUGGAAGCGGCAGGCAUACCACCUGGCAGUAUUCUGAUCAACCCACAAACAGGUCAGCCCUUCAUAAACCCAGAUGGAAGUCCAGUUGUGUAUAAUCCUCCUAUGACUCAACAACCUGUUAGAACCCAAGUGCCUGGACCUCCACAGCCACCUCUGCCACCCCCACCACCUCAACAACAAGCAGCUAAUCACAUUUUCUCACAGCCUGUUCGUCCUCUGCAGUCCUCUUCACAGCCUGUUCAGUACUCUACAGCCCCUUACCCAUCCCCGCUCCUGCCAGUCUCACCCACCCAGCAAUACUCCGUGCAGGACAACCUUGGGUCUCAGUUUAGCCACAUGAGUCUUGCCCGCCAGCCAUCUGCAGAUGGUUCUGACCCUCAUGCCACCAUGUUCCAGUCCACUGUUGUUCUUCAGUCCCCACAGCAGUCUGGUUAUAUCAUGACGGCAGCCCCUCCACCACCACCGCCACCACCACCUCCUCCCCCUCCUCUGCCACCUGGGCAGCCAGUCCCUUCUGCUGGCUAUGCUGCCUCUGGCCAUCCUGUCAGCCAGCCUGUGCUUCAGCAGCAGGGAUAUAUUCAGCAGCCCUCACCACAGAUGCCAGCCUGUUACUGUGCUCCAGGCCACUAUCACUCUGGUCAACCUCAGUAUCGCCCAAUCCCUUCUGUCCAUUACAAUUCACAUCUAAACCAACCACUGCCACAGCCUGCACAGCAGACAGGUUAUCAAGUUAUACCCAACCACCAGCAAAACUACCAAGGACUAGUUGGAGUUCAGCAACCCCAGAGUCAGAGUCUAGUUGGUGGCCAGCCCAACAGCAUUGGAAAUCAGAUCCAAGGAGUAGUCAUCCCAUAUCCUUCAGUGCCAUCAUACCAGGUUUCACUGCCUCAAAGUUCUCAAGGAAUUGCCCAUCAGACUUAUCAGCAGCCUGUUAUGUUCCCUAAUCAGUCUAAUCAAGGAUCUAUGCCCACAACAGGAAUGCCGGUUUACUAUAGUGUCAUUCCUCCUGGUCAGCAAAGUAAUUUAAGUUCAUCAGUAGGUUACUUGCAACAUCCAGGAUCAGAACAAGUACAGUUUCCUCGAACUACUUCACCAUGCAAUUCCCAGCAGCUUCAAAGCCACCAGUGUGCAGCUGUGCCACCUCCGCCCCCUGGUGGAGGAAUGGUGAUGAUGCAGCUCAAUGUACCAAACAAUCCACAAUCUCGGGCCCACUCACCCCCACAGUGGAAACAAAACAAAUAUUACUGUGAUCACCAGAGAGGACAGAAGUGUGUGGAAUUUAGCAAUGUAGACAAUAUUGUUCAGCACAGCCCUCAACUCAGUAGUCCCAUUGUUUCACCAGCUCAGUCGCCAGCACCAGCGCAGCUGACCACCCUGAAAACUGUCCGUCCUUCUGGACCACCCCUUUCCAUCAUACCUCAGUUUUCUAGACCUUUUGUUCCAGGGCAAGGAGAUGCCAGAUAUCCAUUACUUGGCCAGCCUCUGCAGUACAACCCUCCUGCUGUUCUGCACGGACACAUUCCAACCCAACAGGGUCAGUCUGGCAACAGGCAUGGAAAUCGAGGAAGGAAACAAGCUAAAAAAGCUGCAUCCACUGACCUUGGUGCAGGAGAGCCAGUUGUUGGGAAGGUCUUGGAAAUUACUGAACUCCCUGAUGGAAUAACUCGCAUGGAAGCCGAGAAGCUUUUUGGGGAACUCUUUAAAAUUGGUGCCAAGAUCCGGUGGCUCCGAGACCCUCAAUCCCAGCCCCAGCUGCGUCGUCACCCCCUCUGCUGUGGCAGCGGGGACAACACUGUCAAUCCUGAACGCUCUAAACCCAGUGACUUGGCCUCCACUUACACCGUCUUAGCCACAUUCCCCUCCAUUUCAGCUGCACAGAAUGCAUUGAAGAAACAAAUUAACUCAGUUAACAAGUUUAAGCUGAGAACGAGCAAGAAGCACUAUGACUUCCACAUUCUGGAAAGGGCGAGUUCUCAGUAACAGAGCCACCUUGGACCCUUGGCCUUUAUGAUUCCCCUGUCCUCACCCAUCUUUAAUUGGCUUGGUUUUUGGAGCUUCUGUUAACAUGAUAGAGACUCCUAGGACGUGUGGUCAUGGCGUUAUAGCUUUUGAAGACAGGCCAGUGAUCCAGCAAAGGGGGGAAAUUACACAUUUCUCUCCAAAUGACUGUAGGAAUCCACAUCGGAAUGAUACAGAGUUAGCAGCUUUUUCCGAGGAAAUGCUGUUCAAAUGCCUCCUAACUUUUAUAGUUAUUUUGUUUUAUAUUUCUGAAUUCUUGUAUCAGAUCCAGAGCUCUAUUGUACAGCAAAUUAUUCUUCAAAAUGAUUACAACCAGUUGCAACCUGUAUUUCUUUUUUGCAGCCAGCACAAUGUGACCCAACAGAGAAUCUGGGGGAAAAAGAAUGCAGGAAUGGAAUAACCAAGUCAAAACCAUGUACUAUCUUCUUGGGGGGCUGGACGGUGACUGAGGAGAGCCCACAAAUAGACCAUUACUCUUUCCCUGUAUCUCUAAACACAGAAACAAUUUCCAAAAAAUACAGAACUCCCUCAUAGGGUCCUUUCCUUAUUCAUUUAGGUAGUAUGAACAUUAAGUGUAAAGCAAAUUAUGUUCUUAACACUUUUUAAUCAAACCACUUAGAUUCAAGGGGGAAUAGGAAUCAUUUUAGGCAGGAAAAUACUUCCACUUUUUUAUUUUUUUAAGUGUCCCUCUGAUAACUAAAUGCCACUUAUUUGCAUUCCCCUCGUGAAUAUUUUGUCACCUAAGGAAAUGCAUUUGAUGAGUGCUGGAAACUUCUUAAGUGGUUUAAAAUCUGUUUUCAUUGUUUGCAGCGGAUCACUGGACAUCAAAGAUUCAUUGCACUUAUGAACAAGGAACCUUUUUUUCAUUUUCUGUGUAAUUUGCAAGGCUGUACAAUGUGUGCUGAUGCAAGCCUUUUUCAGUUCAAGAGAAUAAAUGUUUACAAAUACAGA